AUGUUCUCUAUGUUGCGGCGUAUGAAACUCGACCCCUCGACAUAUACUUACCGCACCUACGUCGUCAGCUCGGGAGACAAUUUCAGCGCUGCGAGGGCUGUGGAGUUUGAGACAGAAUGGCUGAAGCAAAGUUCAAAGCUAUCAUUUCCUGCCAAUGGCAGCAACUCCGCAGAUUCCUACGCAAUCGUCACGGUUCCUCGCGCGCGUCGUGUGCACCAGUCUUACCUGACUGCUCCUCUUUCAACCCUUCAAUGUUUCUAUGCUUGCUUUCUUGUACUCCGCGGCCGUCAUCCCGAGCAAAAGUCGCCGCUUCCGAGAACGAACUCGCCUUACCCGGAUGUUAUCCUUACCAACGGUCCGGCUACUGCAGUCUGUAUGGUUUUGGCUGCCAAAUCUUUGCGACUGUUUCACUAUCUGAAGUCUCUUUUCAAUAUCAAGAACCACCAAGACAGGGAUAGCUCGAGAUCAUCUCAAGCGAAGAGAUCAGAGGAUGCGCCGGCACCAGUUCACUUCCAGCUGCGUACCAUUUAUGUAGAGUCAUGGGCACGGGUCACAACAUUUAGUCUAAGCGGAAAACUGUUGUUACCUUUUGCUGAUCGAUUUCUCGUGCAAUGGCCUGAUCUGGCAGGAAAACAGGCCUGGAGGGGCAUGAGGAAGACCGAAUAUGCCGGUACGCUGGUAGACUAA